GAAGAAGUGUUUUGAAGCGCUGUCUUCUUUCACGCAUGUCCGUGAGGAGCAGUAUCUUAACUUCCGUAACUUCAUCGACAUGAACAUACCAGGGAGAGACUACUGAUAGCGUUCACGCAACACUGACCAAACAGGUAGGUGUUAUUUCGAUUAAAGUCUUAUUUAUAAUUUCGCUGAUUGUUUAAUAAUGAAGCGUUUGGCUCAGCUGUCAGACCAUCUCUGGGACCUCUCUGUUUCGUUUCGCGCGAAAUCAAAAAUGAGAAAAGGCGUCGUGGCAUUUACAGCAAACCAUUACACGACGACAAGUUAUUGGUAAAUAUAAUCGAAACGCCUAAAAACACAUAAAAACUGUCACACGGUGGAUUUACGUUGCAUUACAUUGAAUACCCGACUUUCUAAUUUUACUACGCAAGUGAGCUAACAUGCUAACAUCAGUGGAGAAGGGGCGUCAACUGAGUUCACCUCAGAGGGAGUUUGUUUUUACCAACUAACGAAACUUAAACCUGUUAACUCCACUUUAUUCGUCCUCUGUAGGGUCAUUACAUUUAUUUAAUACACCUUAAACUGUACACGUCUGCUCUGCAUGACUGCUCUUUUGGUUUAGAGCUCUACUGUAAUGAAGAGAGAGGGUGUGAAAGUUCAGGAUCUGAACACAAAGGGUACAGUAUUUCACUAAAAGAGGUUAGGCUGUUCGAGGUUAGAGCCCUGCCUUUAGCUCACAAGCAAAGCCGGAAUUAUUAUGGCACUGUGGUUGAUGAAAUAAGAGGACAUGUUGUACUUAAAAGUGCUGAUACAAGAAUCGAUUUGCGUUAAUAUCGGGAGCACGUGGGCAGUCUCACGCCACUAAAUACAGUAGAAGAGGUAGUGGGUGUUGGUGGUGGGCUGGAGCUUGUUAAAAUGACUUUCAAAUAUGUUGUUCACCACAUAAGGGCAGCUAAAUAUGAGGAACAUCUUUUAGUAAAAUACGGAUACAAGAACCGAUCGGCGUUAAUAUCGUGAACAUGUGGGCAUACAAUCUAGGUAGUGGACUGGAGCUUGUUAAAAUGACUUUUGUUUACUAUAUUAACAAACAUAAAGGGAGCUAAAUAUGAGGAACAUCUUUUAAUAAAAUGCAGUUGUACAGUAAGGGCUGAGCGAUAUGGGAAAAAGUUUAUCACGAUAUAUUUUUUCCAUAUCUGCAAAUAUCGAUAUAUAUAUAUCAUGACAUAAAAAAUGAAAUUUAACAGUGCUUAUUGGUAGCGUGUUUUUUGCAAUACAAUAAGCUACUGCAUCUGUUAGGUCUUUGUGUCUAUUUGAGGUUUUGUCGUAAGGCGUUGAGCUAGAGAAACCGUACUGGAAACGCUUUUCUGGUCCGAGUUUGAUUCAUGAUAAAUACGUGGAAUAUUACUGAGAUGAUCAGUCGGUCUUCCUGUUGGCGUGAGGAGCAGUGGCCUACAGUAUAUCGAGUGUUCCUAAUUUUUCAUGAUGUACGUGAGUUAGCUUUAUUUUAUUUAUUUAUAUAGGCUAUUUAUUUUAGAGGAUGACGAGUGUGUGAGUUUGACAAGACGGAGGUUGACAAAAUAAUUAGACUCACACCUGCUACAGUCUGAAUAAUAAGCUGGAAAUGAUAAGUUUAUUAUCUUUAAAACAGUCAAAAUACAUAGCCAGGGGUGUAGUGUAAGUCAUAUUAUGUAAACACAACUAAGAAAAAUGCUGAAUGUUUCGCAAUAAAAAGGAUUUGAAACGAGUUUUCUGCCUUUAAUUCUUUGAAGAAGUGUUUGAAAGGCUCAAAAGCAGCCAUUUGUUAAAAAAAUAAGUAAAUAUGUAGAUAUAUUUCUUCAAUUAACAUUUUUUUUAAACUUAAAACAUUUUAAAAAUUGGCUGAUUAAUCGGUUAUCAGACCCCCCUCCAAUAAUCUGUAUUGGCAUCAGCUCCAAAAAAAUCCAUAUCAGUCGGACCCUAAUAUUGACCAUGUUUUAUAUUGAUAUUGGGGGAAAUUAAUUUUAGAUACAGAAUAUCAGCGUUUUAUUGCCCAGCCCUGUGAAUAUCAGUUUUUUAUAUAUAAAGCCGACAUCAUGUUCAAGCUUUUUCAAGUAUUAUAAUUGUAACAAAUGAGAAACAGUAAAGCUGAAAUUGGGGUUAAUGUUUUAUUAAAUAAAUGAAUAAGAUCGGAAAAUAUCUGGUCCAGUAAAAUUCUGCCAUGUGGGACUUUUGGAUUUCAGCCCAGCUGGCUCAAUUUAGAAAGGAAGGAAAAAUUCAAAGUAAGUAUUAAAACUGGAAAAAUGUGUUAUUCUAUGCAUCAAAAUAGGGUGUAUGUCAAACACUAGUCUUAGUUUUGACACUCUGUAUCUCAAAUUGGUGUGGGUGGAUGCUGAUGUAACACCAAUUCGUGAGAAUAUAAAUCUGCCCAAUCCAUCAGUUAGCCUAUUAAGAGUCUAUCAGUACAUCACCAAUGCUCAGGGCAAAUUUAGAAAUUAAUAGCUCAAUAAUUGCCUGUCUGGUCUUGUCAACAAAGACUGAACAUGAAGAAGCCAUGAAAGAGAAUUUACAGUGGAACUGUUGUACAGGGGUACAUUAGAUUACCCAAGUACGCAUAGUAUUAUGGCUGGUUAGUGUGCAUAUUUGUUAGUUUAUGUGGUUUCUGAUUUAAGAUAAGAUGAACUUUUAUUGGCAAAUUCGUUGGCAAAAUAAGCAAAUUAGAAGUGUUAUAUAAGCAAAGGAUCAGCACAGCAAACAGAAGAUAAUUAUAAAAAAGUUGAUUUAGACCUAUACAAAAAUUUUCUAUACAAAAAAGAGAAUAAAAAGCAAUAUUAACGAAACUAAAAAUGCGGUUCUACACUGUAAACAAAAAAGAAUUUAAGAUUGAGAUUAUCACUGAAAACACUUAUUUGGUGUUAAUAAUUUGUGGUUUCAAUGCAGGUGAAUUCCCCUCAUUUAAAAAGCAAUCACAAGCAAAGGGUUAAAGUUAGGGUGUGUUAGUGGUUGAUCCGGUUGAUUCAGCAGGAGCACCCAUUGUGCUCAGUUCACACAGAGCUGUAGAUUCUAGAAUAUUCCUUCAAUUUGUUAUCUCUCUUUUGACUCCACCAGGACAGAUUUUUACUCAUAAGUGAUGUUACGUUUCCUCUUUCGUUUUCCAUGCUGUUUCCUGCGAACUACAUGCUCACACGCCUCGUGUAUAAACUCUAAACCUAGCUCCACCCCCUGCAUACUUGUGAAAAAUGCUAACAUCUGGGAGAGGCGCUAAAGGGGGGGGGGGUUCCUGAAUGUGUGAGGUAGGAGUUGUAGGUGACCUCCCCUGACCUGAGAAUAGUCUUUCCAAAUAUACAUUUUGUGACAUAAAUAAGUCAGCGUACAGUUUGUUUUUAAAGUUCAGAGACAUGUUGAAAAGCUGAACAGUAUUUUUCUCUCUCUGGUUAACUUAGUUCAGAAAGUUUAACUGAAGAGAUUUUUUCUUAAUCCAAGUAUGACUGUUUUAACUCCAAAUACAAAAAUCCAGAGAUGAGCUGUUGUACCGCGACCUGUUCGGAUUAGAUAUUCUCAACUCCAAGCUCGCUCCUUUUUUAAAAUUCAGACUUGUUCAACAAUGCAAACAAACUAACGGAGACGGCAGAUGACUGAUAACUGCUGUGACCUUAUCAGAGAAGUCUUUGCUUGGCUUCGAUCAUGCAGGGUUUGGGCAUGAGUGAGUUUGAGACAAUCUCCCCCUUCAAAAAACGUCUCAGAUGUCUUUGUUGUUUUUCACUUUGACACCUUGAACAACGGUCUGAGGCUGUGUGUGGAAAAUCAAGCACCUUAGUGGAUGUAAUCUGGCAUACUUCACCCUGAGGAUUAUAUUUCUGCCACUAGAGCCUGUUUGGCAGCAGCAGCCACGUGGAGAGAUCUGAAAGAGGGCCAGCUCUAACAGUCAAGUGCACAAGUAGUUCACACACCAGAGCACCCAAAAACAAAUAGAGAAUAACACAUCCAAUUCCCACUCACCCUUCUGGCUAGAUUGAUGAAUAGAUAAGCAAAUCGAUGCAUAAGAAACACUUUUUAUCCUGUUUCCUCAGUUGCAGCUCUGCUUCCUGUAACAGUAAGCGAGAGGAAGUGUGACUUUAUUUGAUUAUUAACUGACUUUUUCUGCAUGAAGUUUUUUUUGCCUAUCUUAGUCUUGUUUUUUUUUUUUCUGUAUCUUGUCUAAAAACAGAAAUUCUAACAUCCCACCUCUUUUGAGAAUGAGUACUUUGUUUCUGUUUCCAUCUUAUCACAUGAUGUUUAACGGUAUCAUAAAAUAAAUCAUACCCAGCCGUUGUGUAAAGAAGGUGCCGUAUUUAUGGCAUGCCAUGAAAACACAUUCUUUUAGGACAGUUAAUGUCUGGUUAAAGGAGUGUGGGUGUGGUUACAGCAGCCCGUUGGAGGUUGGGGUUGAUCAUUGGUUGGCACUUUGUAAAUUCCUUGUUCAGACAGAUAAUAACUCAGGGAGGGUGCACAACCGGAUUCAUUCAUGUGGAGAGGCCCACAUACAAGCUCAGUUUUCACACAGGUUGUCAUUGUGCAAGAGCAGGAUUUAGCUUGAAGAAGAAGUUUGAUAAUGGAUGUUGUAGUUUUGUUUUUGUGGGUCUGCUUUCAUUUCCUCGUACCUCAAAACAAGUGAAGACAAAAACACUGCUGCUGAUAUUGGUAUUAUUUUAAAUUUCUUAAUGCGAGUUUGAACAUUCAUAUCAAACUCACUACACUUUGUUCUGAAUUUUGUGUUUUUUUUAAUGUGUUUGCAGAGUUGGACAAGAUGUCGGAUUCAGACUGUGAUAGUUGCUGUGAGCAUGAUUCUGACAGCUUGGAACAAGGGAUGAAAGCUGUGAGUUAAUAAGUCAAUAAUAAACUGAGGAAAAUUUAAGCAAGAUAAAAUUUUGUGUGUGUGAGUUAUGAACUCUUCUUUCCCCCCUCAGAAGUAUUGGUACACUCAUAUCAACCCUACAACCUUCAAGCCAAAAGGUGAGGAACCUUCAGGUCUUUUUAAAAACACGACUGACAACUGAAACAUUUUCAUUUAGUUUCAUUGGAGGCAAAAAACCUUGAACUUCAACAACAUGAGCAUAAGAGUAGAAUGUCUGUAAAAUAUCUGCACUUGACUUUGACGGAGGAAAAUGUGUUUUCGUAUUGUAGCUGAAAUUAUCGAGCGAUGGAGCACGAUCCCGUGGGAUAUCAAAGCGUUGGCUACACAGCGGAUGAAACUUUUCGCCUUUUGGCUUCCCAUGCUGCUGCAGAAAGACAACUCCAGCACAAUGUGUCAAUGGGCAUUAGAAAUAGGUUUGAUCAACUCAAGGUAUGUACAAUACUGAUUCAUAUCCGAACUGUUUUUGAACACAGAAAAUAAAAGUUUUCUUUCGCAGGAUUUGAUUUUUCUGUCUUUCCUCUUUGUCUGACAGUGAUGAUAUAAACAUGAAGCAGCUGCGCAGGAUAGAAACUGUGGAAGCUUUCCUGAGAGCCUUGGAGAAAGGAACUGUAAGUUCACUCAUAAAACUCAAGAAUAAAACCUUUUUUUGACCUUUAGGCCCCAGGAACUUUUUUAACUGAAAGAACUUUUGAUUUCUUCUGUGGAUUCCUCACAGUGUGGAUUUAUUUUCUUUUUCACUCUCUCUGCCAUCCUUAUGGAAGAGUCAGAUAUCUGACAGAAGCAAAGACGUUAAGUUCUCCAGACUGAUCCAUAUGAAUUUAUAAAUAUUUCCAAACUUAGCCCUGUAGACUACAGACCUUUGAAUUAAGCAUAUUAUAGAACAUCUGAAAAGACCAUGUUGUCUUCAUCUACUGAUGAUUUUCCUUUAUGGGGAGAAAAAAACAUUUGAAAGUGGAUUUGUACCCACCACGAGCAGCUGCUCUUUACGACUUUUUUUAUCAAUAAAAGCUAUUGAGAGUACUUUUUGUCUCAGGUCACUCGAUGUGGCUGCCACUUUUGAUUUUUAAGUGAGGUGGUAUGUUGGGGCGCUGGUCAGCUUGGUCCCUUUUUGUUUAGAAGCAGCCAGAGAAUUUAAACGAACGCUUUGCAAUCAGCUCCUACAGAAGGGACCAGCUCUACCACUUAAUUCAGUCGAUUUAUACAAACUUAAUCCAAGUGUUUUUCUCUGUGUAAGAGCACAACCAGUUGUAAAGUUUUCCAGACCAUCUACCUUUGCACUGUUCUAAUAUGAGACACAUACGUGUACUCUGUAUUGUGAGUCUUCAGUCUUUUAGAAGAGGAAAAAAAAACACAACCAAGCUAAAUGAUGAGUGAUUCCAAGAUGUGCAAAAUGACAUUUCCAGCCUUUCUCUCGACAAAGGGCUUUGCUGUGAAAUAAAUCACUAUAGAACUAAAGAGGGGUGGAUAUGCACCGUUUUGUUUGGUCUGUGAUCUGUACCACAUGUGUUUAUUGCAGGCGAAAAUGGACCAAACGAGGGAUGUUUUCUACAUUAGCAACAUGUUAACAUUGGUAAGUGUGGUGAAAGAGAAUUUCCCUGUUUCAGACAUUGGCAGAAGUAUAAAUUCCUGUUUGAUAAUUAAUAAUAGUCAUAUAUUUAGUUUGUGAAGCAUGUUGGAAGCUCAUUCUGAAUAAAACAAAAAAACAUAUAAAGUUGAAGAUAUUUUGAGGCUCAUUAAGUUGUAUUUGAGAGUAGGUAGAUGUCUUGCAGUGGUUAUUCAUUAUCUAUUAAGAUGCAGGUAUUAAUUUCGAAGAAGCCAAAUAAGUUUUAAAGUUAAAAUUUAUAUCUCUAUUUUAUGUAAAUAACAUAGACUGUAUAUAGAAUGGACAGCGUCAGCCUCCUCGCGGGGUGAAGCCACUCUGAGCACAGCACCCUCUGUUGACGGGCUGCAGUAUAGGUCAUAAAUCUCGCCUCCUCCAGCGAAGCUUAUGGAGCUGUGGACAAACUUUAGAAAUUUAUUACACAGAACAUAAAUUUUUCUCCCCCCUGCUUGCGAUGUUGACAUGUAGUUAUUGUAAGACUAGUUUGUGCUCAAGUCCUUUUUUCUGUGCAGCUCCGUUUUUAAAAGUUAUUAGGGGGUUCAUGUUUUCUAUGAUUGACACCUGAUACAGCCUAUCGGUGUACGAAGAUUGCGUAGCUCACCCAGGGGAUACACUGUUUGAGCCGAGCGUCAUCACAGUGACUCUAGGCGACUCCCCCGCCUAAUGUGUACAACGCUACUGCGCAGCGCUGUUUUCAGGAAAUGGAGAAAAAUCACAGAAAUACCGAGAGCUUUUUGGCUUCAAAUCCGUAUACUGAUGGGAGGUGGAACCAAGUUGUCCAUAGUAUAUACAGUCUAUGGUUGUGACCCACACUGGUCUGUCCAUGUGAAAUGCUUCUCUAUCUUGGGUGUGAUGUUGUCCCUUCAGCAUGCUACUGAUGCGGUGGAGAAUGCGAUUCACUGGUUGGAGCGAUCAGGAGAAACUUACGCUAAACAGCUGACAACGAACUUCGGCCAUGUUUCCACCGUCCACGCAGCCCUGCUAGUCAUCUUCCUAGAGUGUAAGUUAAUAUCGCCCUGCAACACGUGCAUGCUGCUCUGCUCCAGAACCAGCUGCAAAUGUUAUUAAUGAGAUCAUGUGGAGAAAAGAAAUAAGUGGAUCACAUUUAAACGUAAUAUCUGCAGUGAUUGAAUUUGAGUUAUCGAUAGUAUAAAAGUGCAGAGGGUUGAAUGUUUACUGUGUCCCUUUUUGUUUUCCAUCAGUUUCCAGAUUUAUCCAAAAAAUGAGUUUAAACUUGCAGGACACCAUGAAUUCCCUACUGGUUGCACCACCUUUUGCUCGGAAAGAAGUGAGUCACAUUUCACACAGCUUUCUGAAACGUUUUCCUUCCUUGGGCACAGAAAUCGGCUUCGUAUUUUUAUAAGAUUCAGUGGUUUGAAACAAAGCGAUAACAAGAACAGCCUUUUCCGACUUAGGAGAGCCGCGUCUUGCUCUCAAAUGAAAACUUACAGGGUAUGUCUUCAGGAAAAUGUGUGUUCAGGUGACAGGUUUAAUGCCAUAACCCUGUCAUUCAGGACCAGACUUAUCAGUAGGUUAUUAGGAUCUUUCUAUUAUGGUUGGCUCCAAAUGCAAGUAACAUGUUGCGUCCAAGCUGAAGCACAGCUGCCUAUCCUCAUGCUGCAGGAUGAAUGCAACUGUCAUAUGAGAGUUAAUGUGCUGUGUUUGCACAUGCAAAAUAGACACAACCCUCCCUGACUCAGUCGGCUCAUCACCUGACCAAAAACUAGAAACAGUCAGCUCGACACUAAAUACAGAUCUAAAGAGGGUCUAAUUUAUCGACUCUAUUAACUCAGAGGGUUUUUCUCUUUAUAUGUUAACAUGCUGACAGCAGUUUAGGAGACAAUUCUUCUGAAUCUCUUAUUUUCACAGAUAUUUAUCUUUUACUGUGUUUCUUUGAAAGUAACUUUAUCCCGUUCCUCGUGCAGAAAAGCGAGGAAAUGAAGAAGAAAGGAAAUGAGAAAUUUAAGUUGCAGCAGUACGAUGAAGCUGUGCAGUUUUACUCCAAAGCCAUCAAAUUUAAGUAAGUAGAUGUUCAAUAUUUUGCUGUAAACACAGGAAGCAUAAUAACACCCCCUUAAAACUCUUCUGAGUCUUCAAAUGUAACAGUCAGCAAAUAUUUGGACACAGUUCUACUUCUUUGUUGUGUUUGAAGUUAUCAGUGAAUCUCUGAACUUGUCAGAUUUUGCUUUUAUAACUCAAUUUCUCUUUUCUUUUCCAUUCAGCCCUGAAAACCACAAAGUUUAUGGAAACAGAGCCCUGUGCUUUAUCCGCUCUAAGAAGUACCUGUAAGUACCAGCUGUUCUUUGAGUUUCAGUUCACAUUAUAAGUUCUUUAAACUUACUUGGUCAAAUAUCGUUAUUGAAAAUGGCAGCUGGAAAAAAUGGUAAAUAAUUAUAAAGACGGUGUUUACUUAUCAAGUGUCUCAGGGUGAGAAAUCACUCCUUAUUGCUAAAACAGUUCAGUGUUUUUUCUUCCUUGAAGGACCAGGUGUUACUUAGGCGUAGCCAGUAAAAUAGGACCAGUAUCAGAAGAUGAAAUAAUAUAUAAACACCUUCUUCUAAAAUUGUCAAAGAAUUUUUUACAUCUGAGAAAAAGCGAUUUUAUAAAGUCCAAAUUUCUCAUAUAUAUUUCAUCAUUAGUAUCAUAUCCGUAAAUCUCUGGAGAAAUGAAUGUUGAGCCAUCACAAGACAUUUGACUCUGUAACUGUUGUAAUGAAAGGUAAAAUAUGUUCAGAUUUUUCAAUCUCAUGAUUAUUUAUCAUUUUUUUAUUUAAUAGGAAAGCCGUUGGUGAUGGAAAACGUGCUUGCCUGAUUGAUCCAUUCUGGGCAAAGGUAAAUACUCGUGUUUUUAGGAUCUACUCGUAGUGAUUAAGUUAAAAAAUGACACAAGAAAAGGCUGAAAAUGAACCAGAGAGGGAGACUGUGUGAAAGACAGAAAAGACCCCAAACUCCAGGGAAAAAAGGCUUCUUGUUUUAACAAAUUAAGCAUGAAAUAGACCAAAGGAUUUCCUCAAACUUGCAUGACAGCGCAGCUUCCAUCUGUUCGAGAUCAAACUUCAACACAACAAACAGAUCAGAAAAAGCGUUUUCACUUUUCUACAGACCGUAAAGGAGUUGAGUGAAUCUGUGCUCAAUUACUUUUCCUCACAAAAGUAGAUGAUGUAAUGGCAGUACCCCGCUAAACUGGAAUCAGAAAAACUGAAUCUGAAUUGUGCGAACUGAAAUUAAAUUUUUUAUUUUGAAAUUGCAGGAAAAGAGAGAGUUGAACUUUUAAGUAAGUGAGAUACAAUUUCAAAGCAAAACAAUAAAUUUCAAAACAUUAAUUUCGGUUUCAAAUCAUGCUUUUUCAAAUUCAGUAUAAUUAUUUAUUUCAGUUUCUGGUGGCACAAAUUGCAGCCCAUAUCUGUACACCAUUAAUUUGACAAACUUACUGUCUGGUUUAGUCAGUACGUCACACAAAAACUAGUUUGAAUUUAGUGUUUCCUUGAAGCAACUUAACAUUCCCAGUGAAACUAAAACUCGCCAUAAACAGGAAUAUGUGCUGCUCUGAGAGGAUGUAGAAAUAUCUCUACCAGGAGGGAAAAGCUUAAAUUCACGGCUCGCUGCUACAACUGAAGGAAAGAGAUAAGAAACCUCCAAUCAAAACUCAGGAUUCACUUGAAGCUGCAUUUAUGAUGUGACAACAUGAACCGUGCGGCCUGUAGUUGACUUUUCUUCACGCCACUGCUGAAAAAAACAGAUCAUAUCAUCAGGUCUGAGUUUGUGGUUUAUUUGCAGGGUCAUUAUCGCUACUGUGAAGCCUUAUUCCUCUUCGGAGAGUGUAAAAUGGCGAUUGAAGCAAACAUUAUAGGUCGACAAUUGUGCAAGGACGAUCAAGAGGGACUGAAAGAUCUGGAACAACAACACCUUAAGUUCGUCACUGAGAUACAACAAGGUAUGCACACACCUAGUGGAGAUAAGGCAAGAGGAAUAUAAAAAUAAAAUAAAUAAAUGUAUUUUCCAAAUUUAUACACAUGCAGGGUUUGCUUUAGAUCACACUUAAUUUACUGUGUAUUAGUCAGGACCAAUGUCAUUAAAAAAAACUUGUUUACCUUUCAGAGAUGUUGAUGAGAGCUUGUUUUCCUGGUCGUCCUUCAGCUGAGCAGCCGAAGAAAACUCAGAGUAAUAAGUAAGUCUGACCUGUCUCUCAUUCACAGUCAAACACGAUGAAUGAUUAUUGAUAAACUGUAUUAUUGACCUGUUGUUCUUCUACUCUGCAGACCAAACAGCACCAACAAAGAGUCAAAACAACAGUCCUUUAAGGCCGAUGCACCCGUGGGCGCGACUACACAGAGCAAGGUCAGUGUCUCUGAUAUAAUGCACCCUUUUAAGAUAGGCCGACGGUCAAUAGCAACAUAAACAAACUUAACAAUUUUGGUGAAAUUUGUUUGAAGAAUUUUAAAUUAUGAUAAAUAGAUAAAUCUGGAUCAGGUUUGAAAUCAUUUAGUUAAUUGGAUGAAAUUAAUCUACUCCAAUCUCAAACAUGAAUGGAUGUUUUGUACGACAAAAAGACCAACCACUUUGUUAUGUAUUUUGGCAGGCACCUGAGGUCAAAACCAACAAACAGGAAAUUAAAAGCAGUAAACAAGCAGGUGAGUUUCUUUUCAUACAGCAGUACCUCUAUAUUUUCGUUGUGGUUUAAGUGACCCUUUGAUUACAAGAGGGUAGUGGCAAUUGUUUCAGAUCAAUGAUGCAAAAAAAAUCCAUGUAUUUUCUCCUCGCUCAGACCUAACAAACUGUUUGACCUCGUCCUCAUCAAACACGUGCAACUGUAGACAUGAGCUGACCGAUUCUCCCUUUUUUUAUUUGUGUUAUUUUGACACGUGACUGACACCUGCACAUCACAGGGAAAGUGUUUUUUUCUCCGGAGAGGGUCUGUCUCUUCCUCAGCUGAGACUUGAAGGUCGAGGGAAAACCUUGUUACUUUGCUCUGAUAACGUUUGUCAGCUGUUGGGAACAGGCGCAAGGACGUCUUCCCACAGGAGGAAGGAAAGAUAAAGAAGACACUCCUGUCCUACAGCAACAAGACAAUACAGCCCUGUAGACAUUUACCUAUUGAGAUUGGAGACAUUGUUUUUAUAAAGUUAUAAAGGAGUCCCAUAUACAAACCUAUGUAACAGCAGCGAAGGACUAUGUGGUUUAUUCAUUUCUGAACUGUCUUCUUUUUGGAGAAGAAAACGUACAGUCUUGCAGUGUGAUUCCCUGCUUGUUUUAAAGAUAGAAAGGUGUCGAUAAAUGUUGCACUUUCUUAAUCCUUAUGUUGACAUUUAAAUCUUUCCUUACUUGACAAUGUUUUUGAUGUUUGCGACCAUAUGGGACUGAAUGUGCAGCUAAAGAGUUACUGAAACAAUGCGCAAGUGUCUGUCUGUAGAGGCCUCGGGUUAAACACAUGAGAAGUCUCCUGAAAUUAUAGCGCCUUACAUGUUCCCAGUGUUAGGAGCUGCAGCUGUUACUCUAUACCUGAACUUUGAGCCUGAUUUGGUAACACUUUAUUUGACGCCUAUCUCUAUUACGUGAUUACAAAUAUAUUCAUAAUGUGUUAUAAUCACUUUAUAGCACUGUCAGGUAUUUUAAUGUGUUAUAACUGUUAAGAACUCACUGACAAUGCCCAAUGCAACUGUUGUUAACAUUUAUAACACAUUAUAAUGGGUGUUAAUAACUACAGUUAUACAGUGCUAUAACAUGAUUAUAAUGCAUUAUACAUAUAUUUAUAAUGUGUUGUAGAGAGAGGCGUCAAAUAAAGUGCCGUCUAAAGUAGUCAGCUGUUCGAUCUAGCGGAGUUCACUGUUAUCGUGACCUGACCAUUGCAUGCACUCUUGACCUCAGGCAGCGAACACAGUGGUGUUUUUCUACAAAAAUGGGAGAACGUGUGCGAUUAAAUCAAUACAGGACUGUAUGCAAACUCUGGAUGAGGCAAGUGUCUAACUUCACAAUGACAUCAAUGACUCACUGCUCUGGUUCACCGGGGAGGCAGCGGAGGAUGCGGCGUCGUCAAGCAGUGCAGGGUCAGCAGAAAAUGCUUAAAAUGAACAGAGAGCUGCACUCCAUUUGAUCCUGAUGAUGUUGAUAGAUUAGUUUUUCUUCAUAUAAUAUCAAAAAUAUGUCAAAUAAAUCAUUAGGCUGUAGCUGUAAUGCAGAUAUACUUCAAGUUCAAGUUAAAAGCUGUUGAAUUUCUCACCUGUUGUCUGCAAAAGUGGUUUUAUCCUGAGACUCCUUGGGCUUGUUAAGGGAUGGGAGGUUUCCAGUAAAUCAGAGCGUUACAAUAUCAUGUUCUGUGUUAUCCUAACGAGUUUUUUUUUAGGUGACACGUCUCUGCAGGUUUAGACUAAAAGGAAUAAAAAAUAAAAAAACUUGUCCAGGGCUUCCUGUUAUCCAAACCUAAACAUGUUUGUACUUGAGAGAAAGAAAAAAACAGUUUAUAGAAACAUUAUCUUGUUCGGCUGGAAACCUUGGUUCAUUGGUUUGUUAUUGAGACAGAGAGAGAGAGAGAGAGUCUAAAGGAAGUUUUUAAAUACAGACAGGAAGGUGUGUCACAUAGCAACCAAAUGAAAAAACACAUCUACCCCUAACUGAUCAGAAAAACUUAAUCCUAGUGAAUAGGGUCUGAAAAUUUUGUCCCUUUUGAUUCAGUUUUUUAAAAGAUAAAUCUAGUUUUGAAAACUCAUCUUUCAACAUCAAAGUGAGGCAGUUUGCACAACAACAUAAGUUUGAUGUAUUUAAUGUGCUUCUGCGUCCUCAUGUCUAAUCAGCCUUCUUGCUCUGAUCUUUGUAAGUGAGUGAUCUGAGAUAUUUCCCCCCGGAGAAACCAAAAGAAUAACAUCUCUUAUGAAACAAUCUGUUCACCCAUAUAUGGUCAAAGAGCGCUGAGGUCACAUGGACUUCCUUGAUUUAGACAAGGAUCUACAUGAGCUGAUGUGCCUUUGGGUUGCACUGUGGUUUUGCUCUCGGUUGGAGCACAUUUGAAGAUGAAGCAACUUCAGUUGAUGAUCAACUUGUGGCCUGAUUGAAAGUUUAGUUUCAUGUUUGAGGAAGUAAGAGAACAGAUCGUCUCUCCAAUGAUAUUUAAAAACUUCAUGGCUCAUUUUCUCUCUUCAGGGAAAAAUGAGAAGACUGCUCAAACGGAGAGCUCUGCCAGUGCCUCCAAACCAGCCAAAAGGUAAGCGGGACUCAUCAUAACCUGCUCUGGACUUUUUUUAAACAGUGUGACUGCUUAUGAGUUUGCUCUGAUGAAACUACAAGAACGCAUUUAUGUGAGAAAAUCAGGGAAGAAGAUCUAGAGAUGAAACUUUGACUUUACUGAGAGAGAAAAAGAUGUGAGGAUGAAAAUCAACUCAACAUUUUUGCUUUGUGUUAUUCAUUCUCCUACCGUGAGACUGUUUACAUCGUCCAGUCUGCAUUUACUUCAUGGUUUGCCUUUUAAAAAUACCAAAGCUGGUACAUUUAAUACCUCAUAAAGGAGCUUUCUCUUGAACCCUGAAACUUGUUUAAACUAGAGUAAAACUUAUCAAAGUUUUGGACUGUGUCUGAUUGAGAUCCUGUGUUUUCAGUGAGCCGCCUUCAAAGACUGCGAAGGGAGAGUCCAGCACGACUCCGAAGAAGAAACAAAAGAAGAAAAACAUUGUCUCUGAAACUGAGGUGAGGUGGGAGGAAGGAUUUCUUUACAGAUAGAUGAAACGUUAGACAUACUUGCAGGUAUAAACCCUUUUAGAUUCACACUGAAGUAUACUAAGAGUGUGUAUAGAUAUAUUUAUUUGCAGAAGCUCUCUUUAGCUCUUAACCAAACGUCUUGAGCAGUCCACAUCGGAAGGAUAUUGAUGAUAAUCAUAGAUGAUAAACUUCAUAUCUGAGAGGAAACUGAGCAUGUUUAGUUUUAUAAAAAAGGACGAUGAAGAUAACCGAAGUGUCUGGUAGUUUAUAAUGAAUCAAACGUUUGUAAACAAAGGUAUGGUUUUUAUUUUUAACCAGAAAAAGAAUUUUCAAAAUUAAGGUUUCUUUACCCUGCAUAGUGCCGACCUCGAUGGACAUGUAACUGUGAACUGUUCAUGUUUGGAGCUUCAAUUCUGUGGGUUAGAUUUUUACAGCUUUAUAAUAAAAAUUACAACUUUUGAGUGGAAAAAAAACCCUCUAGCAAUUUGGGAUCAUGUGGAAAGGACACAGCAAAUCAAGGUUCAGGAGACGGAACGAGAAAUGAAGAGCAGUCUGAGCGACUUAAUUGUUCAGACAUAGAAAUGCACUUUAAUAGAUAUACUUCUCCCUUUAACACUUCACUAAACGUUUUUCAGUAAAUAAGUGAUUUAUGGUCUCUAGAGUCAAAGGUUACUGGGUUAUUCUAUGGAAACUCACUAUUUAACAAAAAGCUGCAGCGCAUGUCUUGUGUAACCAGGCAGUGUCGCUAACGUAAGUAUGGCAGGAAGUCGUACCCUGUGGUCUGAGGCUUGUAAGCGAGCUGUGGUUUCCAGAAGCACACGAUUUUGCAAACUAGGUAAAAGUAAAAGCACAUCUUUUUUUUGGUGUUUGAUGACAAGCUUAUUUUAUUUGUGUCAAAGUUAAAAUAAAUAAAUUAACAGAAACUACAAAUGAAACGAGGUUUGUUGCUGUUGGCUAAACAUGGGCUUUUUAUUUCAUCUUUUGGCCUUUGGGAUAUUUUUAUUAUUUUCUUUAAACUCAAACCCAAGUGAUGUCAGAUUUUACCUUCCAACCAGACACCUUGUUCCUCAUAUGUGUUGGUAUACCCAUCAUGUGGUUUCUUAAAGAUCUUCUACGACAAGAUCACCUCAGAGUUGGCUGGUUUCAGAUCUCAGGCUGUAAAAGAUAAACUUCCUGUGAACUGAGCUGAAGGUGCACAAAGCAGAUGUCAUGUUUUGGUUCAGCUUUGGCAAACAGUUGCCCACAGAUGUUGGUUUUCACCGAUUGAUUUCUUUCUUGUGUUGUACUCUGUUAUUGGCUGUAGUAGCUCCAGGAUGGCUUUUUUGCAUGUUUCAGUGGCCUGCUGAAGCCAGUUCAAGUACUGACUAAAGAGAUCAUGCUGCCUAAGACCUUGUCACAUACUUUCACAUUGUUUCUGUUUUUCUGGGGUUUUGAUUUAAUAUCUCAAUAUAAAUAUUUAAGCAGUGUGAGCAAUUUCAAUCAUUGCAAUAUUUCAGAUGUACUGUAAAAGAACAAUCCUGGGAUAAACAACACUUAACAAUUCUUAUAUGUAAAGAAACAUCAGAAUAGUUGGGUUUGCAUGUUUAUCUUUUGGUAAUAUAUGCAAAGAAAUUAACUUGAGAAAAAGUCUUUGUGUUCAAACUACCUGUAGAGUGUUGUGGCAGUUUUUCCCCGUUUCUGGUGAAGAAUGAAAUAGAGACUUCUGCCGGCCGACGAGGUUUUAUUCGAAUAUUUUUGGAAAGAAAGUCAAUCAACAACACACGAGCAAGUCAAGAGUGAAGAAAGACCCUGAACACAGGGAGACUUGAACAUUUAAACUCUUAUGGAAACGUCCCUUAAGGUAUAUGUCAGACCUCUCUGUUGGCUGAAGCAGGCAAACAAAGGUGAGGCGUGGUGGGAAGUUUAUCGCAAAGGUGUGAAGAGGUCUGGCAGGAGAUUAGGUGUGAGGUGAGGUGUGGUGGGAAGUUUUAGAGGACGAUUGGGAAGCAAAAGGAUUUGAAAGACAAAGAGGUCUGGCAGGAGAAAGGGUAGGGUGAAGGUUUACAAAGAAAGAAGGAAAAGGUGGGGUGUGGUGGGAAGUUUGACAGUCUGUGGUACAAAAUUAAUACUGAGGACCAUUUCCAAACCAAAAUAAUAAAAUACAAUACAAGAGCAAUCAUAAGAAUGUGUAGAGCAAUAAAAAUACAAGAGCAAAUGAAACAGUAUAAGUGUGGAUACUGUCUUACUCCUCAACUCUUAAAUAAUGUCCAAAUCAGUUUUGUUGUUGGAACAUUAUAAUUAGAUUAAAAGACUGACUGUCUUUUUUUUCACUCCAGAAAACAAAAACCGUGAAUCUCAAAGCAGCCGUGUGCAAAGAGUUAAAAUCCAUGGUCCAGGACGCCCACGCUGCUCUGUCUGACUCCCGCAGCCACAACGCAGAGCAGGCCUUCAGCCAGGCUCUGGCUUUAGUGGAGACCAACAAGCCAAAGGUAAUCAUCCCACUGAUUCACACACCAGUUUUAAAGCUCCUGUAUUUUCUGAAGAGAUAUUUGAAGCAUGUUUGUAGGUAAAGUUACUGUGCACGCAUCAGCGGAGCACGAUUAAUCUUUGCCAUCAAAUGUUUCUUUGGCCGGAGAUUUGUCAAGUUGCAAACAAAAGUCAUCCCCUCUUAUCUCCUGUGUUCACUCUUAGUUAACAAAUAAAAGGAUUUAAAAAAAGAUUUUUCCUUUAAACUAUAAAUAAUUUAAGUUUGUUAUAAACUUAGAUUUCAGCUGUAAAAACAAAAACAAUAUUUUUCUUCCUCCGUCUCAGGAACUUGGUCUCUCCACUCUGGAUGUGCUGCUGUUGCUGUACGGCCGUGCUUUAGCCCUGACUGAAAUCGGACAGCUGGAGGUAACUUCGAUCUUAUUGGAUGUGAUGAUUGGUGGUCUCUAGUCUGAGGGGUCAGAUCUGACUCCUCAUCAUUUUUUUAUUCGAGUAAUGUUUUUAUUCUCAGCUAGAACACCUUGUUCUCUUUCUAUUAAGGUGAAUUAAAUGACAGAUGUGAGUUUCCUGUUCAGAAGGCUAAAGAUGUCGUUUCUUUGUUCACCCCAGGAACUCGGAGAGGCUCGCAGACUCCUGGAGAAGAUCAAAUCCUCUGAGGAAAGGACGUUCCAGUGCCUGGUUUUCUACGCUGUCGGCAGGGUGUUUCUCAAAGAGAAUAGGUGCAGUAGCCUCAGAUCUGACCUGUUUUUUUUUCCUCUUCAGUUAACUUCACAACUUCACACCAGCUCUCUUAAACCACAAUAUACACAUUUAUCUUCUUGGGUGCAGGUUUGCAGUUGCUCUGGAGCAGUUUUCCGACUCUCUGCAGAUGGUGAAGAAUCAAAUAACUCCUGGGAAACUUACCUGGCCUUUAACUAAAGAGAUAGUCAAAGAAACACAGACGGACUACUUCAAGGUGAGAAAUGACUUGAACCCUUUCUUCUUAUCCUAACAAAUGUGACCUGAUUUUGUUGUUCUAUCUAACAGACCAGACUUGGAUUCCAGACAAGAGAAAGUCAUUUUGUGCACAAUUAGAGACCUGUAUCUCAUAGCUGCAGCUAAAAUAAUAACAAUACUUACAUAGGACCUUUAAAGUAUUGGUUUACAAAGUACAAAAAAAGCUAAAUGAAACACCCGAACACCAGAAAGUCAAACAAAAAAGACAAAAAACACAUCAACAGAAAGUCCUACCAGUAAUGUGGGUGUGAAAUUAAACAACUCAUCUGAAGGGAGGACAUUAGGGCACGUUGACCUAGUUAGAGCACAAGAAGAAGAUGUACGGUAUUUUAGUGAUAGCAGGUAAAAGGACUCAACUCUACAGGCAUGUGUGACGAUUUAAAGAGGACCUUUUUUGAGAAUAAAGGUUUUGUGUUUUGGAUGUUCACAGAUUUUUGUGUCUGAUUUUUUUGGUGUUCAAUUUUCUUAAGCUCAUCUUCAGGUUGGUCACUUUUUUUCCUUUCAGGAACUUCUGGAAUCUAAUUUAGAGUUGUGUAAAUUUCCACCUACUCCUGAUGCCAUUUGUCGGCUUGAGAAAUGCCUCGGCUCUCCGAAGACUGAAAUCUACUUAACGGAUCCAGAUUUUAAGGUAAUAAGCAACAGUUACGGCGCAGCCAGUCCAAACCACUUUUAGGGAAGUCGUCAUAGAAAUGUCAUUAGUUUAAAUCUGAACCUGUGUUCCUCUUUUUGCGCAGGGCUUCAUUCAAAUGAACUGCUGUCAGAGCUGCAUUGUUGAAUACCACAUGGCCUGUUGGAAGACCCUGAAGACGUCCCCUGUGUUUGAAAAGAGUGAAAAGGUAAAUCUAGUUCAUCGUGACUGAAAAGAGAGCAGCUUUAACGGAUUUAACGGAUUUGUUAUUUUGUGUUUCAGGAUUUCCUGCAAGAGUCCUGUUUCACGCCAGACUGUGUGGGUAGAAUCUGCUGCAUCAAGAUCUAUGGUCCGACUGGCCUGGUGAAAUGUAAGGUAAGAUGGUCCUCCUCCAGGUGAAGUGAGACCUCUCUGUCAUUUUGCUGGUGAUCCACAGGACAGUAAUUUUAAACUCUUAUCCUUUCUGUCUCCAGUUUGAAGCGGCCAUCCCCAAACCGGAGACUCAGAAGAAACCAAAAGUGAAUCAGAAAUGUACAAGGUAAGCAGGGACUGAGGGCAUAUAGGGAACACUAAAGAAAAUAAAAACCAGGUAGUUUCAAAGGGUAGGGUGUCUCAGAUAUACUGGAAUAUGAUUAAGUACAUCAUAGAGCAGCAACAAAAGAGGAAAAACUUUGGAUUUGAAAAUAAAUGAAACAGUCUAGAAGAGAAAAUGUGUAAUGUAGCUCACCACAGUGGUUACAGUUUAUCUUUUAUCUUCUACAAACAGACAAAACAGAAGUUGAGAGAUAAGAUGAAGAAAAAAUAGAGUUUGAACAAAAACUUCAGCAUUGUUUCAUAACGGUUGGACUGUUCAUCACCCCUAGGAUGUUUGUUUUUGUCUUUAUUGAUCAUAAACAAAGAGGCCAUUGAAAGAGGGUUCUCCACUCUCGAUGUUUUUACUCUGAACGUCGCCUUUCAGGUCCCUCAUAGACUCCACCAACCAUUAGAAGUCUGACGAUGUUGUUCAUGUUGGGAAAAACUGUCUCAAGGAACAAAGAGAUUUUUAUUCUCAUCUGCAAAUAUGAUUUCUAAACCCUAUGCUUAAGCUGGGUGUAAAACGAAGAGCCAGUGAUGCCAACAGUACUUUAAUGUCAUGAGGAGCACAUCAGUAAGAUGAGCUUUCAGGGUCUCAUUUAAUAGGUUUUCUUUUUUUAAAUUUCAGUCUGAAAAAUGUAAAAAAUAAAGAGGAGCGCAAACUGAAGAGGAAACAACACAGGAAGUCAUUCCAGGAGAAGCAGGAGAAGGAUGAUGAGAUUGUGCAGAAGAAAGAAGAUUCAGCACCGCAGGCUCAGCCAAAAGGUACGGCUUCUUACGUCCUCACAGUCACACAGAAAAUAUUCCUUUAGACUGGAUCCAACCUCGACGGGUCACUUUUGGAAGGUAGUGCUUAUUCUUAUCGGUGGGGAGAAGCUAAAGAGUCAUUUCCAACGAGAUAAUUGCUCUCUUAUAGGGCUGGGCAAUAUGGCCUCAAAUCAAUAUCACGAUAUAUUGAGCAGUUCACCUCGAUGACGAUAAAUGGACCAUUCUCCAUCUCCUCACCUGUCUUUCCUGUAGGACAGCUUCUUAAAGGGACAUUAGACCAUAGCCUACCUACACACAUCCAAAACCAACUUUCAUUUAUUUAUUUACUUUUUGACACCGAAUAUAUUGAUAUGCAAAAUGACGUCAGUUAUUGUCGUAAAUUUCGGUAUCGGUAAAUUUUCGGUUUAUCGCCCAGCCCUACUCGCUGAGAUGAAUAUUUUUAACAUAAGGUAAUGAUUAUGUUGCCGCGGGCUGAAGGUUCCUAAGAUUUAUUUUUAUCCACCUUAAGUCUUAAGAUUGGCUAAUUACCGAGUCAUUUUGCUCUUAAAAAAUAUAAUUUUGUCACAGCUCUCUGGUGAACUGAUGUAAAAGACAAAAGAUGUUCGAGCUCCUGGGAGGAUGUUUUCAUCACCUCCCUGUGAGAGGAUGGAGACAGUGUUUGCUUAUCUUGUCCGCUACAGACACAAGUGGUAACUUCUGAUGGAGAAGCUCAUCCUGCUGGCUUGAGUAUCAUUUACUGUUAAAUGUCAGGAAAUUGAAAAAACAGGGUCAAAGGCUGCUUGGUCGACACUCACCCCCUCUGCACCGGUUUCCAAAAAGUGUCAGUCUUGAUGCUAAUGUUCUUGUUUUAUGUUUGAAAUUUUGACAUUUCAUAUAUUUCCUGAACUUUUAAAAACUUCUAAGUUGCACCAGUUUAUAAAACAGUGUUGUCUCUAUGUAUAUCCAUCUGCAUUCAUAACCCUGCCGUCUACUGUGUCCUCAGCCUGGUUGGUGUACAGGGACCGAGUUCUUCUGCAGAUCAGUCAGAACAUGGAGCUGCUGAGAGAGGAGAAAGCACUCCAGGUGUCGACUCUGACCAGCAGUCUGAAGCCCUGGCUGGAGCUGGACUUGUCAAGAGGGAACCAAAUAGCAGGACGUUUGCUGAACUCGCAGCAGGAGCAGCUGGAAACUCUCGGUCAGGCAGCCGAGCUUCUACUGGAGAGGAAGAACCGCGUGUGGGCUCGGGUGUUUGUCGAGAUGCUCAGUGAUACCCCAGAUAUAAAUCCUAAACUCAACAACUGGGCGCGUCGGCUCAACAAUGCAGGUCAGCAUUUGUCACGAUACUUCAAAGUGUUUGUAAGUUAUAACAUCGAUGUCUGAUCACCUUCUCUCUCGGCUCUCUGCAGGCCUGAACGCUGCUGAAACCUUCAUUGAGCGCUUCGCAGGACACCUGGAGCAGCUGGACUUGGCUUUUUUGCUGAAGUUUAGCCCGUUGCAGGACGUCAUUAUAGAGAAAGUUGGGACUAGGCCAGAGUUAUUUUCAAGCGUUGGCUUGACUGUGACUGAAUAUCUAAAACAAGCUCCACCUCAUGACACGAGGCUUUUUAUCUGGACUCUGGAGGAGCAUAGAGAUCAGUAUGACUCCUGCCAUGCAUUACUGGAUGAAUAUUUUGAUAUGAUGGGUAUGUAUCUGUUGAAACAUCUGAUUUGAGCUCUCUUCUUGUUCCCAGUCAGGAUUUGAUUUGAACUUCUUUGUUUUUCAGAUGGACAUUGUUCAGUCUUAAAAAAGCCUGAUGAAAAUGAAAAUGUAAGUCUUUAGACACAUUUUGCUUUUGAAAUAGAAGUUUCCUCACAAAGUAGCCUGAAGAACUUCUCAACAUUGUGUUAAAUAUGUCGGCAAAAAACAUGAACACCAGGGCGGACUGUGAAGUACAAAAUGAGCUAAAAUCUAUGUGCAGAAUUUGUUGGUGUAGUCAGCAUCCUGCUCUUAAAUAUUGUCUCUUUUACAGUCUCACCUCUUCACAGCUGUUAGCCUGAUUGUAAACAAUAACUCAUGUAAAAAGGAGGCUUUUUAAAACUCAUCAAACUCUCCAAAAAGUUGGCAAGUUGGAACUAACUUAAUUAGUUCAAAGAUUGAUAGGGAGCGACCUUUGUCCUGUUCUUAUAAAGCCCAGCUGCCUCAAGCUUGUAAUUGAAAUUACUGUUGCCUUUCUCGUCUCCCAUCUGCACUUUAGUUCCUUUAUCACAGAUGUACACGCCAUGACUCUGUGUUUUUCGCAGUUGGCAAUUUAUCAUCCAAAAUGUCAGUGUUUCUUUCGACGGCCCUUCCCCUCCUUCGUAUCAAAUGAGUCACUGUGAAAAUGCCAUGGACGAUAGGUUAACUCUGCCUCAUUUUUCCCAUUUCAGAAUUUUCCUAUGAAGAGUCGAGGUCGAAAGAAAAAAAGAAGAGAGCCAAAGGUCAGAGGAGGGGAGACGUAUAAUUUAGUGUUGUGAGAACACGUCCGAAAAGCAUUACUCUGACAUUUUUCCUGUCAUCCUUCUUUCAGGGUGUUUAUGCUUUCCCUGAGAUGAGAAGUGUAACGCUGAGAGACGACUAUGACCAAGACUAUUUUGAAGAUGACUCUUUGUAAGUCGCGCCGGCCUCAUGGGGACACAGAGUUGUCUCGUAACUAUCAAUGAGUAACGUUACAUUUUCACGCCAACAGAUCAUUCCUCCACCCCAGCGAACCCUUUAGUGUACCCAAUCAUCUUCGAGAGCGGGUGGCAGCUUUUGAGGAGCAGUACAGCAGCAACGGACACAGAGGAGGUCACUAUAACAACAUUUUGGACAACAACCCCGACUCAACGAAAGAGAGUUUGUUUGAGUAAGUACGAGCGUUUGACUGCAUGUAGAAAUAAUUCAACCAAAGUAAGACGAGGGUGAUUUGAUUGAACUUGAUUUGAUUUGAUUUGAUUUAAUGAGAGCACAAACGAUCGUCCUCAACAACAUGAUCGAAUGCAGCUGGAGGGAAGGACAGGAAGAGCAGAGUAUCAUCUGCAUAACAGCGAUACGGAAUAACUACACUGAGUGAGAUGGUGUUUAUUGGGAAAAAGAGGGGACCAAGCACUGAACCUUGAGGAACCCCAAUCAAUGAGCAAAUUGAUUUUGAUUCGUCUCCUUUCCUUGACACUCUUUAAGAUCUCCCUGUGAGGUAGGACACACACAUAUCUGGAGGUCAGAUACUGAUACAGAUGCCAAGCUAAGGUUUGAUGGUUCACUUUGUCAGAUCCGGAAGCAGAAGAACUGCGGACUGACCUGCAGCUCCAGACAUACAAGCGUCUUGAUCUGUUUUGGACUCAUGACAACGUGACACAAGUCAUCAGUCAGAAAAUGUAGUUUCGUUUGAGCGGCAUUGGAAAGAAGUGGAAACUACAGAGAGCGUCAUUGCAUUUGUACCCAUCAUCCUUUUGGGCUUGUAUCAGAAUCGGAAGGAGAACAGAGAGACUAUUUUGAAAUAGUAGAAAUUUUAAUGGCUCUUAAAUCUUAAUCGGUGUUAGUCAUGCAAAUAGAUCUAAAAUGAUGAAAUCAGAGGGACAAACAGAAAACAAGAUGCAGGCUCUGAGUCCUAUACAUCAGUAACAUGAGGAACUCCUCAGACCAUUGAAGAAGGGGCGGCGUUUAGAGCUCAGUUUCACCACAAUAGUGAGAUGUAUUGUUGAAUAUACAGCCAAAGACCUACAGAGGUUUUCUGUGGUUGAAAACAAAACGCUCAGACGGACAGUAAACAUGCUGGAGUCAAGUGAUCGAUUCCCAUUACUCAAACACUAUUAGGAUGUUUCUAUAAGGAGACAAAGACUCGAGUUACACUGAGCCUCAAGCCUGCAGAGUGCCUCCACUUAUCACUGAUGAGUGGGCUUUACAAGGUACUCAGAGCUACCUACUUAGAGUCAUUAUUUGUCUCUUUUUUUAAAUAUGGCAAUAGAUAUUGACUUUUUUCCUCAAUAUUAUCUUAUCUAGAGAUUUGAACUAGAUCCUCACAUACAAAGUGUGAAGAUACUUCGUUCUGGGCCAAUUUAAAAAGUCAAUUCAAGGAUUUAAUUCCAAUAAGACUGAUCCAGAUUUGGAAACCCUUUUUUUCCUGCUACCUGAUUGGAUAAUCCAUUUACCCAUUUCUUUUCUGUCAAAACUGGACUUGAUCAAUAUCACCCAGAUACAGACUUAAAACGUUUGUCAAAUCUAGAUUCUCAGCAUUCUGAAUCUAAACUAUUAAAGAUCUUUACAGUCACUCAAAACUAAAAAAUAUGUGUGAGAUUUACAAAUAUUUGAUGAUUUCAUUUUCUGUGGGAACAAACCUCGAAAAACCGAAACCCUGUCAACAUCAAGUCGUCACUCUAUUCGUCAUUUCUUUAAAGGGUCAUGCUGUGAUCCUUUCAACUAAGGAUUCAGGCGAUUUUACCAGAGAUGGCCAGCAUUUACAAGAGAUGAUUUAGGCCAAAAACGUAUUUUCGUCAAAAAAUGACUCGGGCCUUGCUGUUAAAAAGUCCUUUUGGUGACUUUUCAGCAGAGUUAUGCAGCUGUUUCUUUAUCCGAUGAUUAUAACUACAGCAUUAAUGAGAUCCUGGUUUAUUUACUCCUGUGUGUCCCACUGCAGCUACUUUGCUCAGAUCUUGGAGGAGCACGGUCCCCUGGUGGCUGAUGACCCUCUGUUGGUGGGUGAACUGGAAAACUUCCCUUCUGUGGCUCAGCAGAAGAUCAAAGUAGCGGGCGGCUUCGAGCCCUUCCUCCUCGAGUCCCUUCGUUUUACUAAGAUAGGGACGUGUAUUGGCCUGAUGAAGCACGCCGUCUCUCUGCAGCAGGCUGGACAGAGACCAAGACUGGACGACCUCGAUGACCUGGACGAUCUAGAUGAAAUAGUGGAUCUUGAAACAAACAGUCUGACACCUGAUUCAGCCGCACAGACUCAAGUGUACCCCAUCCUCCCAUCUCCAUAUGUAUUUGGUUCUGAGCCUCUACCGCAUGUCCGGCCAGCUCCUGGAGUUGCUCAGGCGGGCGAUGCUUACUUUUCUCAUUGGACUAACGGUGACGGUCAAGAGCAUGCUCCGUAUUUUGUACCUAAUGGCUGUGAGGAGGCGGAUCUAUAUUGUAGCGAUGGCGAAAAUGGACACGGGGAAACUGGUACGUCUCCAGACGGAGUCCCCUUAACAUCAAACCUGGAGAGCCUUUUAAAGAAAGAUGCUGCAGCUCAGGUAAAUACUCGCACAAAGAGAAACAAACUGAGAAUCGUGUGGGAGUUUGAAGGUUAACAUCUGUUCUGUUUGGUUCCCAGACGAGUCAGGAGACCAUGAGGAGUGUGGCAGUGAAUACAGAGCUUCAUGAGGGUUAUGAGAGCUGCCAGGUGAGUUCCUGAACACUUGAGUCAUUAUCUGAAGUUUGAUUUUGUCGAUUUAGUCCAUUGUUGAGUCGUUUACCCCAUAAAAGAUCUUGUUCUGGCUAAUUUGUAGGUUUUAGGUUUUUAUUCUUAAACUUGUUUUCCUUGUUUUGGAUGUUGUUUAUCACUCCAGGGUGACCUCAACAAAAAGUCCAAGAAAAACCAAAUGUUGAAGAGGAAAAUCGAGGAAACAUCGACCUGUGACAAAGUGGACCUGAAGCACAAAGAAGACAUGGCCGUCCUUGAAGAUGACAUACAGAAGAUCACUGCCAAUGUCCAAGUAUGUAUGAAAAUCAAGAAAUCGUGAAUUUGAAGGUUGAAUCUGAGAGACUAAACAGUCUGUCAUCGGUUGUUUUAUCCCGUCAAGGUGACCAACAAAGAGCUGGCACUGUUCCAGCAGAAGCUUGAAGAGGAGAUCAAGAAGGAUCAAAAUGAGAAGAAGGCCAACCAUGAGGCCCUGAGGUCCCUCAAAGUGGAGAUCGAGGACCUGCAGGAGGAGCACAAGAGGUAUGAUUAGCUGCUUGUUGUCUCGCAUCUGUUUACUGAAGCAUCCAAGCAUGAUCGCUCUGUCUGUAAUGACAUUUGUCUUGAAAUAGGACCAAUUAACAGAAUAAAAAUGUUAAUUUUGUUUGUUUUUUUUCGAUGUGUAUAGUCUUUCCCGAAGUAUCCGGGAGAAGAAAAGCAGCUACGACACAAAGUUGAGGGAUUUCUUAGAGCUGAGGUAAGUGAAGGUACAAUAAAUAAACUAAAUUUUAUCCAGACUUUCGGUCUGACUCCUCUCUUCUUGUUCCCUCAGUAAUCAGUCGGCCGCUGAGAAAAUGAGUCUGGAGGAUGAGAUCAAACGCUGCAAGGUCUCAAUCACCUCGGCUACCAGAAGGUCCAAUAAUGCUCAGGUUUGUCUCGAAUCAGACUCUAGAGAGACUCAUAAGAUUGUUGUUUUUUUUUUUUUUGUCAUUUAACACCACUUUCACAUGAACGGGGCAAAAUCAGCAGCAAUAUAAUGUAAAUAGUGAUUCCAAUUUUGUCCACAGGGGGGCGCCAAAGUCAACACACAGAAAGUUCCUCUUUGGAGCUUUAAUAUUUUAAAGCUAGAUAUGAAAAGAUAGACCACCAGUGCUUAGAUAUUUUUUCUAGUUUGAUUAGCAUUUUAAUUGUGAAGGAAGAAAUCAGGCGAAACAUGAGUAGAUAAAGAAGAAUCCCCCUUCUGUGGGUUCUCAUAUAUAUACGGGUUGUUGAUUCGCUAAAGUCCAGUCUAGGCCCUAACCCUUGUUCUGGUCCUACAGCUGUCCGUCGUGGAGAGCAGUCGGGAUCAGGAUUUGUACGGCCUCUACAGAGAACUGGCCAACAGCAAGGCUUUACUGACCAAACUGGACGAGGCGGCACACAGGUAAGAGGAGUCCUAUCUCUGCUGUCAUCACUGCUGUUUAGAUCCAUGUUGAUCUAUGUUGUGAUGUUUUUAUUUUAUCACCGCAAGAUUCCCGCACCAAGAACUGGAGAUGAGCAGAAGCACCUGGAGAGCCAACGUGCAGGAAAUCGAGAAGAAAAUAUCCACCAUUGAGGUAAAUGAAGAGACUGCAGCGAGACGAAUACAGCAGCAUGUUCAGGAAGAGAUGAGGGUUAAAAUAAAGAAUCUUCUGGACGUAUUUUUAUUAUUUUUUUGUGAUGACUGGUCUCUGCGUGUUUCAGACUCAGUACAAGGAGCGGCUGGACCAGGUGAAGAUCGGCAGGAGAGUCAACGAGCUUCUUCCUGUCAAUGUCGGCAACCAGCACAAGCCUCCAGCUGCACCGGUAUGACGAAACUCAGACCAGUUCAUAUCUCGCUCCAAGAUUCAUCAGCUGAAACAAGCUCUCGCUCCUUUAUCAGAACUCAAAAAUAAUUCUUUCUUUUGUUGAUAUUGCAGAUGUCAGGGGCAGCCAAAAAUGGGGUCCCUCCACCUUCAGCCUCCAGCAGCUCUCCUCCGCUCGCCCAGCAGGCUGCAGCUGAAGCUCCGGCUGCUCCACCUCAGACACAGCACAAGCCUCCGACCAGAACAGCAGCGCCUCCGCACAGCAGCACAGUGUUUGAAAAGGCCUUAGAGCAGCUAGCCUCCAUGUUCCCUGACAAUACAAGGUGUCCUCAUCAGUCUCAUGACAUAAACCUUUUUUUUUUAAGAGUUAUACACAUAAAAAUCAGCCGAUUAGCUCGUCCUGACAGAGCCGUGUGUUUGUGUGUGUUCAGAUCAGAGCUGAUGCGGUUCGUUCAAGAGUUUCGCUCGUCUGUCGGUGGCAGCCUGAGCAGCAUGGCCUUACAGGAUGUGGUCGGGGGAGUGAGUCAACUCAUCCUGGACCAUCAGGUGGGUUCCUUUAUCGGUCUGUUGUAAGAUCAAAAUAUUCUAGUUCCUCUGCAUCUGAAACUGAAUCACUGAUGUGUGUUUUGUUGGUUCCUCUCAGGAGCGGCUAAGUUUAGCUGCCAGAUCAAGCCUCAUGGGACGAGGGAGUCCUGCUCAGUCCGUCACUCCUCCUUUGGUGAAUCCAACCCCAGUCUGGCAGCCACUCCAGAUCGGACACCCAAAACCCUCACAGUCCAAAGCAGUAAGUGUCCAACUUUAUCUUUUCACCCGGGGUCAGUGCUGUGGAUUGUAGCACAGCGUUUGUUGGACUAAGUGUUCUUGUUUCAGUGGUGUAGUUGGACUCCCUGGUCUUGACUGUAUUUUCUUGGUUGUAGUUGAAUGUUGAGGAUCCUUGUAUCAUCUGCCAUGAUGACAUGAGUUCUGAGAACAUGUGUGUGCUGGAGUGCCGCCACAGUUUCCACAAGGACGUGAGUAAAAACGCUUUAUCCAUUUUUUAAAUCAAUAUAUUUAAGUCCAUAAGUAGCUGGCUGUCAUCAGUUAGGCCAACAGGAGCAGAGUUUCUCAUGCAGUUUGAUUGUUCAGAGUUGAAUCAUGAGAAUCCUUGGAGUCUUUGUGUUUGUGACAGCUCUGUCUGCUGUUUGUUUUUUAGUGUAUCCGGUCCUGGCUGAGGGAGCAGAGCACCUGUCCCACCUGCAGAGACCACGCUCUGCUGCCGGAGGAUUUCCCCAUGUUGCCUGGCAGGAGACGCCCGGCUCCAUGAGGCUUCAAACACCGUUCCUCAUCACGUCACAUGCAUGUUUUUAUUUCUAAUACCCUUAACCAAGAAUCUGAUUAAAUUCCUCCCCCUGUUCUUGAUUAUUCUUAAGUCUGCUUUUAUUUUAUUUUUUACUAACCAAAUAUUUGAUUAAACCCUUAAAAAGUCCAAACUUGAGUUUUUAAGUACUCUUAAGGCAUCCAUGUAUAAUUUUAAUAAAACAAAUGGUUUGUGCUUUAA